CAUUCAGAAAAGAAGCGCGAGUUGAAAUGCCUAAAGAAACCAGAAACCGGACUGUAUUUACCUUUUCUUAGUUGACUAACGACAUUUUAGGUGUGUGUACAAGGAUGUCGUUACUGAAGCCGUUCAGUAAGCUGCCUGUUUUGAACUCAGCGAACAUUUUGCUGGUGGAGUUUGAGGAGCAGUUUCAGCAGAGUUUAGCAGAUGCUCUGGUGGGUACUCUGGUGGAGGAGACUGGUGUCACCGUAAAUGUGAGACUAGCUAAGAGUCUGCCGCUGCCGAAGGAGAAUGAAGAGAGUCGCCCAAGGAUCGACCUGGUGGUGUUUAUCAUCAACAUGACCUCAGAGCUCAGUUUCCAGUCAGCAGAAACUUCCCUGAAAUAUCUGGACCCUGGAUUUUUCCUUGGAAAAGUUUGCUUUAUGGUCACUAAUGCUCGUAAUGCUUCAGUCCCCACAGAAUGUCUGGACUCUGUCAGAAAGCUGGCAGCAUCGCUCCACUGCCCCUUGCUGUUUGCAGAGGAUCAGACACCAGCAGGUGUGACAAAUGCAACUGAGAGGCUGCUGACCAUCCUGAAGGUGACGUCAGGCCUCGUUCCCAUGGCAACUGCACUCUAUCUGUCUAACCUGACUCGCUGCACUGUGCCCCCAGACAUCGACCAGCCAAGCUUUGAUUAAUUCCUGAUGCUUUUCUCCAGACUUUAUUCAUUGGUGUAUUUAUUGUCAGUAACUGGGCUCGCCAACCUGAAAAUAUAACAAUAAUUUCCUUGACUGUUUUUUUCAUGUUUGUGCUUUUGCUGAUGUGUUUGAAUCUUCUCAUACGUGCAGAACCAGUUGUCUUUGUACCAGAGUAAUAUCUCUUGUUACAGACUGAAAACAGCAUAAAUAGUUAUGGACAACUUUUUUUCUGAAGCCAAGCAGGCCUUUUAUGCACACACAAACACACCCACACCCACACACACACACACACACACACACUUGUUUUAUCACAGCAGGAUAAAACCGGUAUGAAUGAUCUAAAUAAAUUAGCUGAUGUAGUUUCACUGCGCUGUUAUGGUGCACAGUGGUUUCCCAUUAAAGUAUAAUGGCUUACUGGGAAACUGAAUAGAACAGAGCUAUCAUAAUUGCUAUAAACUUUCCUGUUAUAAAACUCUGUACUGAAAGGACCCCAGGAAAUUGUCUUUCACUUCAUUCAGAUUCAUUUCUGACAGUUUGACUUGAAGCAGCAAAUAUAAACCAGUGCAGUGACCUUUGAAAGGAGACGUCUAGCAAAAAAUUUCCAGUGGACUUACUCAAAACCAUGUAAGAUGGGUUUUUGUUUGUAUUAAGUACAACAUUAAAAUACUUCUAUUAAAAGUGAAUUUGACUAAUAUCUCCUCUUUGGACAGAGCAGAUGUCAGCAGUCUUUGCUUUUUGCUCUUUACUUUUCAGUGUAUUUGAACACUAUCAGUCCUGUUAGCUGUCCAGCAAACCUCCGCCAGUUUCAAAUGCUAGAUUUGUAAACAUUUCUUUUGAUCUGCUCUGAUUGUGAUCGAUUGAUUGACAUGAUGAACAGAAUUUAGAUAAAACAGAAAUUAUUGUCUAACGUGCUUCAUAUAAAUAGUUUAACAUCUAUUUUAUCACUUUAAAAAGUAAUUAUGUGGCAUGUCUUCUACCUUUGUUCUGAUUAUUCAUUGUAGGAUCUUUCCUACUUUUAUAUUAUUGUUUCUAUUCUCUAGGCAAACCUGUCUGUUUGACAUGUUCUAAUAAAACAAUGAU